ACAGUUUCAUGUUUCAUAUUUUCAAUUGACAGAUCAACAUGAGAGGAAAGAAAGAAUUAUUCAUGCUGAUCACAGGACUGGUGUUGUUCGUAUCUGACCUUGUCACAGAUAUUGUUGUGGCUGUCCACUACAAGCAUAAAGAAGAAUAUCAUUGGUUUGGAUUGACAUUAUUUUUUAUUAUCGUUCCAUAUUUUAUCGUCAAUGGUAUGGCUACCUAUCAAGCUACACUUGAAAAAACUUGUGCAGAUGCCAGCUGCUAUUCAAUGUUCUUAUGUUCGUCAAUAUUUGUGAGUUUUGGUAGAGAGUUCAUCAACUGGAAGAAUAAGUAUCGGGAUAACCAUCCUUGCAGAGAAAACUACACGGAAUGCAAUUGCACGGAUUGCAAACAGUACAGAGAUAUAAUCAUUACGUCCAACAAGUCGACAUACGACUUUGCGUGGAUACAUUAUGUAGAGACACUUAUGGAGUCCACUCCUCAAUGGUGUCUACAGGUUUACAUCAUGUUACGUCAGUGGAAGUUCCCAUGGACUACCGUCCUCUCAGCCGUGUUUUCCUUGCUUUCCUUAGCAUGGAAUAUCACCACUCUUGAGAAAGCAAGAAUAACCAAAGAAGGCUAUAAUUUCAAAGUGCUGCCAACCAUUGUAUAUUUUAUCAAUCAAUUGGUUGUUUUAAUGUCCCGUCUAUUUGCAAUUGUAAUCUUCGCGUACGAAUUUAAAGUUCUUGUUUUCUAUCUUCUGCCUUCUCUUUGGUUAAUAUCGUGUGUUCUAUUAACAGCUGUAGCCUGUAUCCAGAGGUGCUGUGGGAAUAUGCCUUUUUAUGACUUUUCGUUAUUUGGCAGAUGCUCUAAACUUCUCGAAAGCUUUCCGCUUACGUUUUUUGUGUCAGAAGCUGUUCUCGAAUCGUUUGGUUUCGGUUCAUUCGCUGUUCAUUGUUUCAUGUUUUGUAUAAAAUCCUUAGAGAACUUUCUCAUGGUAGGGAUGGCUGUUGAAUCACCUGAUGACGAGACACACAUGAGUGUACUGACACCAAUUGCCUGGGCAUCAUUUACCAUAGGCUUUCUUGUAGGCAUCAUUUUACUUAUAGUCUAUAACAAAAAACUCAAACCAAAACACAAAACAGAAGAGCCGCUAGUUACAGUCGAUAACGAAAAUAUCAGAGAGGUGUAAAUCUGAAUUCAUUACCGCUACGCUACCAUUACGGCGAUGUUAAGGUCCGUAUACAGACAAGCAAGUUUUCCUUGAGAAGUUUAUCUUCUCGUAUAUUCGGUCAACAAGUGUCCUUUGACAAGUUCGAUCCGUCUGCCGACGAGAAUGAAACUGCAUGUAACAGCAAUAGCACAUAAAGUCUCUCAUUUCUAACUAUUUUUCUAAUAGUCUUUUAGUAAUUUUAUAUAUUUUUGUAGCUAUUAUCGAUAUGGUUUUUUAACACCGUAUAAUUAAUUUAGAUAUUGUAAUUACACAUCUUAAUGGAAGAGCGAGUAUCUUUUUUAUUAUUGAAAUAGAUUUCGUGGUUAAAUAAACGUCAAUCAAUCAAUCAAUCAAUCAAUCAAUCAAUCAAUCAAUAAUGUAGCACAGUCAUCUUUGCUGUCAUCCUUGAUGAUAGCAUAGAUAAUAAAAUAAAUGGAUAGGAAACUAGCCGACGUGAUCUAAUGUUUUCAAUUGGUUGAUGGUGUGAUUGGAUGUUGAAACCUAGUUGCAAACCAAAUUCUCAAAAACGGCAUGUUUAGCAAUAAUACAGCUAAACAUUUUAAUCAAAGAGUAAAUAAAUAUGACUACGCCAUUCUACGAUGAAAUCUCUAAGUAUUCCCAGUCAAUUUUAGCAAAUAUUUCAAGCACUAAACAGUGAAAAAUGCAUCGCAAAUUUCGUUAAAAUUGGGGACGCCAAUUUCGUAGCUACAAAUGUAAAGAAAUACAAAACAAAGACAAAAAAAAUUUACCUUGAAUACUUUGUCGUGGCUUAGGCAUGUUUUUAAAACAAUUAGACCAGUUUAUGCUUCAAUAUUACUCUUUUAAAGCGGAAAGUAGGCCUAUAGCGAAACAACUGAAAAAUGCUGAGAACUUUGCAAUACGCGUGACGUCACAAAUUGCAACUAGGUUGUUUUUGCUUAUGUCAGCUAGAGUCCUAUCCAUUUAUUUUAUGAUCCAUGAUGAUAAAUGGGUUAAGAGAGGCUUUACCUCCUUAACUGGUGUGAUGUUUGUCAUUUUUGUUGAAACUGGGGAAGAUUUGGACUACCAUGGACUAUCAAAGGUUUGCCAAAAUGUGCCAUAUAGAAACCAAAGGUUGGCGAAGAAGAAUUGGAGCAGUGGGUUGUUGGCUCAAGAAUGUGACAUCAAUUUUAUAAGAUAAGCAGGGUCGUGGCGAACGAUUCCAGAUUGGGGGGACGUCAUACCAUAAUGACCAGCUGUUUCAAUGAAAAUGACCAACUUUUUUGUCCUUGAAAAAAUUUUCUCGAAUUUUUUUUCGGAAAAUUGUUUUGAUUUUCUGAAAAUUGUUUUGAUUUUCUAAAAUUUUUGUAAAUAAUAUAAUAUUUCCUUUAAUAUGUAAAUAAUUAUUUUGAGCAACUUUUCAAAUUUUGACCAACUGUUCAGAAUUAUUUGGGGGGUGGCGUCGCACAAGAUAUCCACUUAAAAAUUCUGGGACUAUAUUGUUCAAACAUUUAAAUACUAAAACACACUUGUGAAUUAGUCUACGAGUAGACAAGUCUACCCAAUCAGGCAUCUCGG